UUUUUGUAAAUAAUAAACUGCAAACAACGUAAUCAGCUUAAAUACUAACUUUAUUGCGUACACAGUGCAAAGCUAAGUGACAUACAUUGAAGUCGGCAGUAAGUUUAGUGCAUAAGGGCUUCAUUUCAACAAAAACUGUACAGCCAGUGACUAGACGUAUUUAAUUUCUACCCUCUAUCUAAAAAGUGUUGUUGACAUCGGGGAUAUUCUCGUCACUCCAAACUUCACUUUGACAGGAGGAAGAUAUUUUCGUUAUCGCUAUCGAUCGAUAUCGGGCCAGUGGCGCCAUCUAGCGAUCCUGCACUGAACUUUUACUCUUCGCCUACUGCUAUGCCGGGUGUCCAGUGCGCAGCUUGCAAGCUCUUCGCAUCGGCGAUAGAGGGCGCCAAGUGUGGUAGCAGUAAGUGUCGGCGACUAUACCAUCGAGGAUGCGUUGGCCUUAAAUCGGAUGCAGCUGUCCCAGCAUCCUGGCGCUGCCCCGAAUGUAAGAAGAACGUGGUCAGGGAUAACAGAGCAGAUACACCGGUCAGGGGUUCGGCUGGCUUGGCAGGGGGGCCUGCAGGCCAGACUUGCUCAGUGGCUCGUAUCACUGGUGAGUUGGAUCCCAGCUGCUCCAGCCUAGCUCCAGUGGUCUGCGAACAACAACACACUAGCCCGUCGUCUGCUUCUUCGCCGCUACAUAGGGGCGCCUCCAUAGCUGACUCCGCGGCACGGGAAAUUUCUCCCAUCGCAGGCUCUGACUUGGGUCUGCUCAUGGAUGAGUUGAGGGCGAUGCGUGCGGAGAUACAAGAGUUCCGCAAGGAGAUGGAGCUGGAGAUGGCGCAGCUUGUAUCAGCAAUGAGUAACUGCAAUGGGCGCAUCGAUGGCCUCGAAGCCAGAAUAAGCGCAAUGGAACAACGGGCUGCUACGGGUCGUUCGUCGGCGGAUGAGGUUGUGGAGGAGUUGAGGCGCGAGCUAAAUGAUAGGGAUCAGGACCUAUUGGCAAAUGAUGUGGAGAUAACCAACAUUCCGGAGGCUGCUUCUGAUCACCCUAUCCACAUUGCAAAAGCUGUAGGCCUUAAGUUAGGGGUGCAACUAGAGGAGCGCGACAUCAUCAGCGCGGAGCGGGUCGGCGGCAAGCAGCUUAACGCCACUAGCUCCGCUGGUCCGGCGGUGACGCGGCCGCGCGCCGUGGUGGUGCGCCUGGCGCGCCGCGAGCUGCGCGACGCGCUGCUGGCGAGCGCGCGCGUGCGGCGCGGGGCGACCACCGCCGACCUCGACAUGCCCGGCCCGCCACAGCGCUUCUUCAUCAACGAGCGCCUCACCAAGACAAAUCGCCGGUUGUUUCGGAUGGCCCGGGAUGCUGCUCGCCUCCACAAUUGGAGAUUUGUGUGGACUAAGCGCGGGCGCAUACUUGUCAGGCGGAGUCCGGAUGACUCCACUCAUAGAAUCCGCACUGAUGAAGACAUUGCACGGAUCGUUGGUUCUGUCAAUAAUGAAACAAGUUGAUCACUCUUCUUAUUUUGUAUUAUUGUUUGUUUAUAACUUUUUGUCUCAUAUCAGUGGAAGGGAAAAUAUGCGUCUAAACUAUACAUAUCGGGGGUUUUACACGUUGGCUGGCGCGCAUGUUAAGUCGCAAUUGACACUUAUUUAUAUAUCAAUUUACAUCCUACACAUUAUUACUACAUACACGAACUAUAUACAAAACAUUUACAUUUUUCCACGCUUCCCAUAUAAAUUACCAUACCUUACUCAAUGUAUUUGUCCACACUCAUUACAUACAACAUCACUUUAUAUAAACAAUAUUUACAUUAUAAAACAACAAUACAAUACUACAACUCACUACAUACAACUUUACACAAAUAAUAUUUACAUUAUAUACAACAUUUUUCAAAUUUUAUUUACAUUUACAACUACAAUACUACAACAUUGUUACUAUUUGAUUACAAAUGAUUACAAAUAAACGUAUUAGGUUUGGUCUAUUGAAUGCAGGCUCCCUGGGGACUAACCAGGACGAGUUUUUGGUCGCAAUGGGCAAUCAUUCAGUGGACAUAAUGGCUGUCAACGAAACCUGGUUGCGCAAAGGUGAAGAUGACCGGGCGCCUAGUGUACCUGGUUAUAAACUCAAGCACAUCCCGCGACCAUUGUCUAUACGCGGGGGACGCGGCGGAGGGGUCGCCUUUUAUAUCAGAAAUGGAAUACCUGCACGUGUCAGAGCACACCCUGAACACCCUAAUGUCGAACAGCUAUGGUUAACUCUCACCGUAAAUAAAAACAAACUUCUCAUUGGCACGGCAUAUCGCCCACCAUGGUUGGAGCUGGAGACUUUUCUCGACGG